AUGGGUGAGGCGCGAACGAAGCUUCUACAGUCUAAGCUAACCAAGGACGGAGAGAUUCGAUCGCUCAAAGAAAUCAGGAAGGGGCUGGCUUCAGCAGGCGUCGUAAAGGAGCAGCGGAGGUGGAUCAGUGAUGGUAGGGUUAUUGAGUGGGAGAAGGUCAUCAGGCAGAGGGACUCUCUCGCCACCCCUGCCCGGGCAUGGGAAAUCCUGUUGAGGCUGCACUGUAGAAACCUACAACUGCCCGGCGAUUCAGAGGGUGGUCCGGUUCUUGCGGAAAGGCUGGCUGAGAUGAACCCGCAGCUGAACUGGCAGAAUUUGGAGGACCUUCUCUUCAUGCAGGGGAGCACAAAGUCCGGCUUUCCGGAAAGCUCCUUUAUUGCUACCACACUCCACCAGGUGUGGUUGGCAAGGUGUGACGCAAGCCGUCGUGAUGUAAAGUUCCAGCCAAAGAAGGUGAUAUGCUUGGCGGUGGUAAAGUUUGUCGCGCACGUCAGGGUGUACUGCCUGGCAAGGCAAGUGGCAGCACGGAAGCAUGGCGUGGCGGUCGGUGUUGACAACUGGGGUUACCUGGCAGCAGACGAGGCGGAGGUGAUGAGACACAUAUACAGCAAGGGGGCACCGCUGAUGACAGCAGAGGCGGUGGCGGAGGCGGGCAUGAGGGUGGUGGCGCUGGACCUGCUGGGGCUGGGCGCGUCUGACAAGCCGCAAGGCGGGGACUACACCAUCGAGGCGUGGGGGCAGAUGCUGCAGGAUUUCGUAUCCGAAGUGGUGCGGUGCAGAGUGGUGCUGGUGGGCAACUCCAUCGGAAGCCUCGUUGCGCUUACUGCUGCUGCAGCGCUGCCGAGCGAGGAGGUGGCGGGGGUGGUGCUGCUGAACUGUGCGGGCGGGCUGAACAACAAGGCCAUUCAGGACGACUGGCGCAUCCGCCUCGCGCUGCCCCUCUUCCUCCUCAUCGACUGGCUUCUCUCCUUCCCUCCCUUAGCCACUGCCAUCUUCAACCGCGUCCGCACCAGGGACAACGUGGCAUCGGUGCUGCGGGCGGUGUACAGCAACCCCGAUGCAGUCGAUGACGAGCUCGUGCAGCUCAUAUGUGCGCCAGCAGAGGACCCCGGGGCGCUGCACGUGUUCACAGCAGUGCUCACGGGCCCGCCUGGCCCGCGCCCGGAGCACCUGCUGCCACGCAUCGAGGCACCGCUGCUACUGCUGUGGGGCGAGCAGGACCCCUUCACGCCGCUGGACGGCCCCGUGGGGCGCUUCUUCUCGCACCUGCCGCAGCAGCGCCCCCUCACCACCAUGCUCACGGUCCCCCUGUGCGGCCAUUGCCCCCACGACGACCAGCCGGUCGCCGUGCACCAAGCGCUGCUGCCAUGGCUCGCCCAGCUCGGCAGCACGAAGUAG